AUGGGGAUUGAAUUAAGCGUGGUGCCUUGCGACCUUCAAAUGGAAAUCUGUGAUCUUCAGGCAGACCCAUUCUACCAAACUAAAAAGUGUGAUGUCACUGAAGAUUUCUGGAAACUGAUUUCUAAAGAACGUUUUCCCAAACUGCAUAAAUUCUCUUUGCAAAUGUUAUUGCUGUUUGGCAGUACAUAUGUGUGUGAAAGUGCUUUUUCUGCUGUCAAACAAAUUAAAUCAAGAACGAGAGAUCGCAUUGAAAGUACUUCACUGGAAUCGAGCCCGAGACUUUGCCUUACUGAAACUACAGUGGACAUUGAUAAACUUGUAUCAAAAAAGCAGUGCUAA